AUGGGAAUAUGUUUGAAUAAACAAUUUAAAGAUGAAUAUGAAAAAUUGUUUUCAGAUCAUCCUGAAUCAUAUAAAGCAAUUCAAUUAUAUCCUGCAUUUUCUCAUGUUAAAAUGUAUGUAAAAUUGAAGUAUUAGAGUUCACAAUGAUUGGUAUCGAUUAGCUAAAGUAGAGUUUAAAGGCUUACCUCAUGAAACAGAAGCCUUUUUAAAGAAAUGGAGAUCAAGAGAACAACAUCCUCAUUUAUUCUUAAUUCAUAAAAUUAUCACAGACGAAACUAGUCGAACUGUCAUUUAUAUGGAUUUCCCAGAAUCUACAGUAACGGAAAUCGAUGAAGAAACCUUACUACCACUUUUAGAUGCAGUGUUAUAAAUAAUGUCAAAAUGGUAAAAAUAAAGUAAGACAUAUUCUUACUUUGGAUGUGAUUCUGUUUAUAAAGUAAUUCAAAAUAUGCAAAUUUAUAGGUAAGAUCUUUUGAUGGAAAAAUCUACUAUAAAAUAUUGGAUCCAAUGCUUCAUCCAUAUCUUAUUAUGUUCUAUAGAAAGUGUUGGUUAUAAAAGAACACAAAAUAAAUAGCAUAAUUGUUAACCAAGUUUUAUUUGUCUCCCAUAUAAUUAGAUGCUUUGAGUAAAAAAGUAGAAUAUCCUAUUCAUAAUUUCUAUAAAUCGGAUGUAUUUUGUUUUGGAUUAUUUAUUUAUAAAUGUUUAACACAAGAUGAUGAUUUAUAUGAUAUAAAUAAUUAUAGAGUAAAAUUGGAUAAAAUUAAAAGUAAUAUCUAGGAUCUGACAUUGUAGAACUAUGCAAAAAUGAUUUUAUUAAAUAUGCUUGAAGAAAACGAAGAGGAUAGACCAGAUUUCAUUUAGCUUGAACUUAAAUUUUCACAUUUUGCACCAGAACUCAAAUAUUCAAGAGUGUUCUAUAAUAUUAAUUAAAUGAUUUUUGAAGAAUCUUUAUUACAAAUAACUUAAUUAGUAACAGAGUAAAAUAAUGAAUAAAUUAUUCCUGAAGAAAUAUAGGGAUUUAAUUUUGAUGAUGGACUUGAUUUUGAUAAUUUACACUUUUCAAUUACAUCUAAUACCAAUCCUACAGGUGAAAUUCAUAAAAUGAUUGGAAAAGGAUUUCAUUCAUAAAUGAUAUUGAAUAAUAAUAGAUAAUAAAAUAUUGAAUAAGAUGAAGGAGUUAAAAGAAAAACAAGAAUAGAUUUACCUUGUUUAGGAUAUGCUGAUUUAAGUAAUUGGAAAACUGCUGAAGGUAUGUUUACAAAAGGAAUGUUAUAAGGAUAUGGUAGAUUGACAUUUUCUAAUGGAGAUAAAUUUGAAGGUUUUUUUAUUAAUAACAGAGCUAAUGGAAAGGGUACUUAUACUUUUCAUGAUAAUCAAUACCAUAAAAAAGAAGGGACCUGGAAAGAUAAUAAAUUUAUUAUCACAAUUUGA